CAGUUCAGUUCAGUUUAUUACAAUUUGUGAAGAAGUGUGGUGGUAUGCUUCUUUUUUUAAAUUAGCAUAAUAUUACUUGCGAGUGUUUUAGAAACUGACAUAUCGAUGGUUAAUCGUUGCGGAUAAAUGUGUGAAUGGUGGACAAUUGGUUAUUUUUGUGAGUUUAAGUGCUAAGUUUUGAUGUGUGAAAAAGUAGGCUCAUUCGUGAUGGAUGGGAACUCGAAGUAUUACGAGGGAUGUGGGCAGGAAGGCCCUAUCCGUUGUAUAUUCCUCUGCGAGUUCCAUCCCACCGCUGGACCGAGAAUCACUUGCCAAGUUCCAGAGAACUACAUUUCUAAAGAUAUAUUUGAUACAGUCAGUCAUUAUAUCAUUCCUAAAGUGCAGUUGCAGAGAUGCACUUUGACUGUCACACUGCUGGGAUCAAAAAUCCUGGGCUUCCCAGUGAGGAUAGACAACAAAAAGUAUGCCCGGAAUGCUUACUACUUCAACUUAUGCUUUGUGUGUGAUGCGUGGGCUCGCACAGUUCAUCUGGAGCCGCUUGUCAAGAAGCUCACAGAAUAUCUAUUGUCUAUGGAGCUGGAGACGGAGUGGCUGUCGAAGCAGUCGCUGUCCGGCGAUGCGAAGGAUCUCAGCGGACUGAUGGCGCAGGUCUUGCAGGACAUCAACAGCAGACGAAUGUGCACGCUCACUGUGGGCACAACGACGACUCACCUGACAGUGGUCCGCGUGAACAGCGACCCGGCGCCGGUGAAAGACCACCAGGUGCCCGUGUUCCUCUACAGCAGGCAGUCGUUCGUCGCCGACCAGUGGGACCUCACCACCAACCAGAUCCUGCCAUACAUCGACGGGUUCAACCACGUGUCCAAGAUCGCGGCGCUGACGGACGUGGAGAUCAGCCUGGUGCGCGCCUGCGUGCAGAACCUGGUGUACUACGGCGUCGUCACGCUGGUGCCCAUCUUCCAGUACUGUGCUGUAUACAGCGCGACGCCAAAGUUAAGGCAACUGACACGCUGCGCCGGCCUGCAGCGACAGUGCGUCGAGUUCUGCGCUCGAAGUCCCCGGCAGCUGCCGCGAGUGAGUGAUCUGUUUCGAAUGUACGCGGGCAUGUCGUACGGCAGCACGGUGCGCGACCUGUGCCGCCGCAUGCGCCCGCAGGAGCUGGCCAUCAACGAGAGGAAGCUGGUGCUGUUCGGAGUGCUGGAGGGGCUCAUACGGAGGGUCUAUAAGUACCCAGUGACAUUGCACAACGAGAACGCGUCACUACGCAGCGAGCACAGCCAGUACGUGGCGCGCACGUACAACGGGCUGGUCUGUCUCGACGAGCUGUGCUGUCAGGCCGGCCUCUCCGCCUCGCAGCUCGACGAGCAGCUGGAGCGAGACAGUGACGUCAUCUUCAUCGUCAAGUGAGAUCACACUCGUGUAAUCCCUCUUCUGGACCCUGCGAAUAACUAAUUCAAGCAGGACAUUGAUCAUCUUCAUAGUCAAGUGAGGCCACACUCGGACAAUAACUCUUGUAGACCCGGCGAAGAAUCAACUCUAGCAAGACAAUGAACGUCAAGUAUCGAGUCUUCAAUUAUGUAACGAGGCAUCAUUGUAAAUGUGGCGACACUUGUAGAGUCACGGGAAGAGUCAACUCAACUAUAACAUUGAUCUCAUCUUCAUUAAAUAAGACUUCAUUGUGCAACAGUUACUUGAUACCGAUUGUCGAGUGAGGCUACACUCGAGUCUCUAGCUCUUAAAAGUCCUAUAUCACCUUAAUUAAGAUAGUGAUCUCAUUCUCAUAGUCAAGUGAGGCUUGUCUCCACUUGUGAAUCUAGCUUUUCAGUGUGAAACAAGGCAACUGGAGUUAAAUAAAGACGUAAUUUUCAUGUGCAACACUCUUGUCUCUGAGCAAGCAAUUGAGGCUUGUCUUCAUUUAUGUGACUGUAUCUAGCAGCGUCGAAUGAAAGUACACACCACCGCCACACUCGUAAGUCUAGUUAUCCUGAACCCUUUUUUUUCUCGCUGCGAAAUGCUAUUUCGCAUCCCUCCCGAAGGUGUCGCGGAUGAGACCCCACGGCACUCUCAGGAGGGUAUGUGGGACUCGCCAGCCCGAACCAGAAUACCCACCAAAACUCAGAGCAACCCUCCGCGUCUUAAAUGAAGCAACAGUCUGCUUCCGACAGUUAUCCUGAACCCUACAACAUGUUAACUAGAACUUUGAACAUCGCAUCUUCAUCUUCAAGUGAGGCUUGUAUCUUCAUUUGUGUCUCCCGAUUUUUACUGUAGAACGAGUCAACACGAGCAGAAGACCGACCUAUUUUUAAUUAUUACAUGAGGCAAUACUUUUAACAGAGUUUUCUAUUUCGUUUGUGUCUUUAGCGUUCUUGUGCCUCGUGUCGUGUUGUAGGGUGAAGCAGUUCGAACGGGAAGGGAGUGCGUCUUUCUCAUGGUUAUUGAAGCCACACUCAUGUCUUUAACAGUUGACUCCAUAGACGUUGCAGGGGAUAAUAUUGUAGAUAAAUAGAUUAUUGAAUCAUGAUUAUUUUUAUUUAUGGACAAAUAGACUUCGGACAGUUUAUCUUUUGUUUUAAAUCAAUUUUAUUUGACAUUUAAUGCUGCUAUUAGUUUGUUUUAAUUAUCUUAGUUAAAUUAAUUGGAGUUUACUGAAAAUAUAGGCAAAUUGACAUUUUAUUGAUUCGAGUUAUUAAGGUACAUACCAAAUAAACGGUAAACUAAAAAGGCCAAUGGGAGAUGCCAAAAUUUGCUCCAUAUUCAAUUUAACUUUUGAGGAAUUGGACUCUUUCUUAAGAAAUUAGAUUAAUAAAUGUUGUGUUCAUUAUUAUAGUAAGUACCUAAUGUAAAAAAUGUGUCAAAAGACGAUGCAUCACCAAAUGUGUGCUGAAGUUGAUUGAUUUAUCUGAAAGAACGUACGACAUAAACGUAAGGACGUCUUUUCACCAAACAUGUGCGAUGUAUGAGACUAUAGAUACAGGAAGCAACGAACAUUGUUUCUAUCAUAAUUCAUCAACAACAUCUGCCUAUUUCAACUCGUCACUAUGUCGUUAUUGAUGACCAGUGGUGCUAACAUGCGACCAGUGAAGAGAAAUAUAGACAAAAUUUCGUCCAAUGGCAUCAGAGUUGUCUCUUUCGUACCGACGCAAUGAAAGAGACAGCGGUAUUUCCUUUGGUUGAAUGGUCUCUAUGUCUCUUCUUGAGAUUAUCUCGUUGGUCGCAUGUUAACGCCACAGGACCGACAGCGACGGCUUAACGUGCUAACGAGGUGGUUACCGCAAAACUUGUAAAUUACGCAGGUUAUAUACGUCAUAUUUGUCUCGUUAAUCUGGCGGUUAGCCUAUGUGACUUGGAGGACCCAGGACUUCGACUUCCAUCAUUAGAUCUAGAGUCUUCGCCUGCGCCGCACAGAGGAGUAGGGGGAACGAUCGUAGAAUGCGUCUGCCUCCUGUUCCCCUUAAUCGUCUGAUCAUCAUUUGUAAACUCUCUCAUAACUAUUCAAUAGAUAGCUCCCGAAUAAUAGAAUUCGACACCGAGAGUUCGUGGGUAGUCUUAAUGAUUAAUAGGAGGGGAAGGGGAAUUGAUCAUAUUAAAAAAAACAUGGCAAACAUUCUUCAUAAAAAAAGCUACAGUACUGCUCGUUAAAGGACUGCCGUUAUGUGGUUUAUAUUUAUAUACAAACUACAUUUGGUUAUCUCAAUCCACGCACAGUUUGUAUGUACAAGGCUUUGUGAUUGAUACCCCAUUCCUCCAGAAAUAAGCGAUGACGCAGCUAUGACUAUGAAAAUCAAGCGGACAUUUUUUACGUUAUUUUUAGUUGGUUUGACAAAUCUGCAACUUUUAGAAAUACUGUACAUCUUUGUUGAAAAGCCGCUUCAACAGUAUUUGUGGCAAAAAUACUAUAAUAAUUAUACCUAGUACGUACGUAAUAUAAUAUUCGACAUUAUGACUGUUUUCUAGUUAUUGUUAUAUAACUUACAUAGGCUUAAGAUAUUUAGUACAUAUACAUAUUUUAAUACAUUUUCUACAAUACUUCAUAAGUCCUUAAGUACAAAAAUCCAUAAUACAUCACUUUUUGUAGACUUCGUUUCUCAUAUUUUAUAUUUUCUUGUAGAUUAGUAAAUAAUAAAUAUUAUAAGGGCAUAACACAUCACAAUAUAUAUUAAAAAAAAAACUUUCUUUUGUUAAUAAAAUACUUAAUAAUGUUUCGUAUUUUCAAAGUAGAUAAAUAUAUUUGCGAGUCAUUUAUUUUAUUUAAUAUAUUUUUUGCCAGAAUUUAUUUAUGGGCAGUAGUGAUAUAUGAAAUGUAACUUUAUUAAGUUUAGACUAAUUGGUAAGUAGUAUUCAUGUUAAAUGUAUGUAAUAUUUGCACACAGUUAUCUAGAUUUGUAUAUAUUGAAAUAAAUUGCGACUAUCGCAUUUUAGUUGCGUCUACCGCGUUUCUAGUUGUUUUUGACGUAAACACGCAACUAAAUGGAUUUUUAUAAAAACAAUAAUUAAUUUGCGACUACUGUUUCGUUUUAGUUGCGUCUAACGCAUUACUAGUUAUUAUUGAGAUACUCACAAUUGAAUAAUUAUAAUUGAUUUAAUUAUAGAAGUAAACAGUAUGCGACAGUCGCUUUUUAGAUACGUCUACCACUUUAAUAGAUGACAUUCACGAUAGAUAUACCGAAAAAUAACACGUUAAAUUGUAAUCAGUAUGUUCAGUUCACAAUAUAUCGACAGAUUACAAUAUCGCGAGUGAGAUUAUAAAGUAACGUAUUUUACAAUUUAACGGUAACAUAUAUAAAAUAAUAAGAUUACGACUGUCGCAUUCUAGUUGCGUCUAACGCAUCUCAAUUACGAAACUGUCGUUGUAAAAAAUAUGGAAUUCUUAUAAUUUUUUGGAAAUAAUAGUACGUGUGCAAUUCUUCAUGGUUUAUCCUAUAAUAUAUUUUAUUUUGUUUUGAUUUAAUCAAAGUCUUUUAAUUAUUAUAUUAUACAUAAAACUGCUCAAUACAUCUAGACAUAUACAGUUAUUAUCUAUUUGUACUAUGUUUACAGAAUUACUUUAUUGUACAUUUAAAACAUAAAGGUGCUAAUAUUAAUUAAUGUAAUUAUGUAAGGUGCAAUGAUUUUAUAUAACGGUGACUUUAUUAUCGUCGAUUUACGUCAUAAAUAUAUGAAUCAAUUGAUAUUAAUUAAUCAGCUGAUUCAAUAGCUUUUCAAGCACAAAUGUAUUUAUUAUGCUUUGUCUCGUAUGUAAAAAGACAAUAGACUACAAGAAAACGACAAAUACAAAUACUGUAAAUUAAAAAUGAAAAAAAAACGACAAAUUUUGGCAGACGAUGAAUCUUUUACUGUGAAUGAAUUUCUCUUUCGUUUUUUUUUUUAAUUUUUUUAUUGAUUUUCUUUUAACUAUCCAUUCGUUUUCUACAUUGAAAUAUAAUUAAAUUAUAUACUACUUUUAAUGAAAUAUUAUGUAUUAUAAAGUUACCUACUAACUUUUACUUACUUUUGAUAUACAGAUUAUUGAAAACUAUUGUUAGACGAUAAAUAAGUCAUGAUUUUGAUUGAAUAGCGAGUUGUUUAAUUAACGUAACAAUUAGUACCUAUGUAUUAAUGUAGUAUGCGUACUUUUUAUGUGAUUUUCCCACCGAAGUAAAAAAUACACAAAUAAAAUUCAUCAGAUUAUGAUUAUGUAAUACUAGCCGACGCCCGCGACUUCGUCCUCGUGAAACUUAAUGUAAACUUUCAACUAUUUUAUUUAACAACUUUUAUAGUUUAGAGAGCAUACGCAAAAUAAGUAACUUUUCUGGUUGAUUUUUUACACCUUGUGUCCGAAAACCCCAAAUAUCUUACGGAACCCUAUUUUUUUCCAAAAUAAAAUUUAGCCUAUGUUACUUGUGGAUAGUGUAGCUUUCAAAUGGUGAAAGAAUUUUUAAAAUCGGUCCAGUAGUUUUGAGCCUAUUCAUUACAAUCAAACAAACAAACAAACAUAUAAACAAAGCUUUCCUCUUUAUAAUAUUAGUAUAGAUAUAUAUUACUCCUGACACCUUACUCGCUUUAGUGGGAGUACGGAUCAAGUGAUUUUCCGUUGACUCUCAAAAUUGUUGUUAAGAGUUUCCGAAGUUAACAAAAGUGCCUUAAAAAAACGAAUCGCAUAAAAUAAAAUAUAUAAUCUAAGCUAGAAUCAAACUAUAGACAAUUUGUCGUAUAUUAUUAUUAGUAUUUACCUAUAUAAUUGUACAAGUUAAGAAUUAGUCAAAAUGUUGUUUAUUUUAUAGAUAUUUUUUUCUAAGAGAUUAUUGUUAUCGGAUUAAUUAAGUUACUUUAUAUUAUUAUUAUUAAAAAUAAAAAACUUAUUAGUCAUUUUUGUUAUCACAAGUAUGUUGUAUAUUAGUAAACGAUGUAAUAAAAAAAUAUUAUUUUCUA